CUUGCUUAUUUAGCCAUGGCUAACCUGGCCAAAGCCACAGGCAAACUGAAAUCAGUUGAUUAUGAAGUUUUUGGCCGUGUCCAGGGUGUUUGCUUCAGAAUGUAUACUGAAGAUGAAGCUAGAAAACUCGGAGUGGUUGGCUGGGUUAAAAAUACAAGACAAGGCACAGUGACGGGACAAGUCCAGGGACCAGAGGACAAAGUAAAUUCAAUGAAAGCAUGGCUGAGCAGAGUGGGCAGUCCAAGCUCAAGGAUCGACCGGAUCGACUUUAAUGAUGAGAAAGAAAUCACUAAGCUCCAGUAUAACGGGUUCAGCACCAGAUACUGAAAUGGGGAAACUUACGAGUAUAUGUUUUAAUUUAAUGCAGUGGUGUCCAUUCUGCAUCACUACAGCAGCAGCAACAACCAUUAGCAGCUGGUUAGGCUGCCAUAUAAUGCUAAGAGAGAACACAGAUUGGACAUCCCUGAUAACUACAAAGCAAAUGUAGGGGCAUAUUUGAUAAAGGGCAAGUUUUCGGUUUGUCUAAAGCCACCAAAAUUUGCUUCACUACGUUAGACAUCUUUUCACAAAAUUGCAUAUUUACUUGACAUCUCAAGUACCCUGUUGCAAACGUGUUGUGCUGAAAUUUUGCUGGCGUAAAUCCUUGGCAAAAAUUCACUUCAGUAUUUUCCCACAUACAAUUGAUAGUUCGCCUGCCUGAAUCUGGUAACCUUCCUAAAUGGGCAAAUAUUCAAUGUUUCGAACUGGUUAAAUUUCAACUGCCAUCUGGCAAAUGUUGGACAAUGGGAAGUUGAUUUGCUAACACUCGUCUUUUUAUUUGGCUGAUAUUGUGGCGAAUUUCAUUUUUGGUGAAAAUACUCCAAAUUUUUUCUCCCUUUAGGAAAUAUGCCCCAUAAUAUCUUUGUUAUAUGAAAUAAAUCACCAUGACUUAAAAAUGUAUGUAAAGCAAUUAUCUAACCAGCCAAGGAUACUGUAUGUAUCAUUAAUCAGAUUUACAAAACAGCUCUAUUCCUCAGAUAUAUAUAUAUAAUAUAACCCUUGUGGUUUAUUUUACUUUUCUAAUAAUGCAGCAUGUUAAAACUUUCUUUCUGUGUGCAGCUUGCAUUCAUAUAGACUGUAAGUGCAGGUCUAGUACGACGCCAAUAGCAACAACUGACUCUAGGGGAAUCAGAUGGGUCAAGAUGAUGAAAGGGGAGAUGGUGCAAAAAUAGCUGCUUUACAGCUUAUUGAAGUCAACCAUACUCUUGCAUUGGAAGCCUUACCACAAAAUUACAUUAGGUGCACAAAUUGCUGUUCCCCAGUAAAAUAAAACAAAAGAAGGCAGUGAAUACAAUAUUUUGGCAAUUAAAACUCCAUACAGAAACAUCUAGAGCCAUGGAUGGGGGGUCAAGAAGUCCACCUAAACAUUAUUAGAGUUACAAGCAAGACUGUUUGAUUUGCAAAAUCCCAGAAACAACAACUUGACCCUUGACAAAUCACCUAAUCUCUUUGUGACUCGUGACUCCUUGCUUUUAAAGGACAUGCAAACCCCACACAAAAAAAUUUAAUCAGUGAACAGUCUCUUUGAAUUCUUUAAAUACCUGCCACUCUGGUUGUUGAAAGGUUGCAACAUCCCCUUAAUAACUUUGGAUUCCUUUCCCUCCUGUAACCCCCUUGUUCCCCUCCCUCAGGAAUUUACUUUGGCUCUUGGCUAACUGAGCAUGCUCAAUUCUAUUCAACUCAUGUUACUAAACGCAUGCUCCAGUAUAGCAGCCAAUGAAGAGAUAGCAAUGCUGAAAUUCUGCUUUAGCUGUGCACUCUGCUGGAGAAACAUGUUUUUUUUUAACCUCCUCUGCUGUGCUCUGCUUAAUCAUUACAGUGCUUUUUUUUAUCAAAGUAAGUUCUGCCUGUGUAAGCCUGCAUUCUUCAUUGCAUGACCUUUACAGCACACAUAUGCUGUUUGCAGAUGUAGAUUUCACUAGAUGUGUAAGAGGGAAAAUAGCCCCUGGCUGCUGCUAUUUGUGUUAGAAAAAUGUGAUGGAGGGGAUAUAUGCAAUACAAAUAGUGUGGUUUGGGUGGGGGAGAAUUUGCCAACUUAUAUACAUAGGAAAAUGUAGGGUUUACAUGUCCUUUAAAGCCACAAGUAGCAUAAUUUAUCUAUAGAACUACCUCCUUUCUCUUUACAGUAUCUUUGACUGGGCCAAACACUAUUUUCAAUGCAGUCACAAGGCAAAUUCAAUAUAAAUCCUAUUUACCCUGUAACUAGUUUUUUAUUUUUUUCAUUGAAUCCAGACAAUUAACUGAUGUAAGUCACUAAGCCCAGUUGUUGGUAUCUGUAGAAGUGAUAUAAUCUGCUUAAAUUACAUUAACAUUAUUAUAAGAAGUGGACAGAGUAAUAAUUUCUUUCUGAGAUUGAACCAGUAAAAGACUUAUGAUUGGUUCUGAACAAGAUCCAAGGCUCAAAGAUGAAAGCAUGAAUUCCAAAAAUGCCUGAGAAAAAUAUGAUCACAUUCUUAGACAUACAGUUUAAAGGUCUGCUAGGCAAAGGGGCAUGUCAACUUCUUACCCAGGUUCUUGGAAAUGAAAAAUAACAUAAUUCUCUGUAUUAUUUGCUUUGUUUUUCUAGCAUGUAUGUCUUUUUUAAUAAAUUGUGCCAUCACUGA